AUGCUCAGUCUUCAUUUUCAUACAUCCCCACGUCAGAAUUGCCCCCCCCCCCCUCCCACACACACGCAGAGCGCAGUACUAUUGCAGUUACAACAGACACACGAGGAGCAUCGCAGUCGCGCAGCGGAGUCGUGGCUUUGGCCCCCCCUCCUCUUUAGUUGUGUGCUGCGUAUGCCCUUUUUGACGUCCUCAUACCAGUGGAACGAAAAAGGGCUGACAAGCAGGCAGAGAGCACGAGACAAGAUGGACGGCGAAAAGCUGAGCUCGAUUAACAAGUUGCGCACACGUUUUCCAGCGCUGUCCGUGUCAGACGCCCGUGCGCUGUUGGAGCAGCACAACUGGAAUGUCACCAUCGCUGGGGCAGAGGCUGAGCGACAGGAGCGACAACGCAGGAAGGCAGACGCGACAAGCUUUUUUGUCGGUGGUGGGGAGAAGGGCAGCGGACAGCAAGUAAUGGCGCCGCCUGGUGAGCGUGAUGCUCACCGCGGCAACAACAACAACGGCAGUGGGAUAGACUCCAUGAUUGAUAGCAUUUUCCGCAAAGCGCAAGUGGAGGGGGCGAACGAGAGUGGAGGUGGUGGGGGCACUGGCGUCGAGGGUAAUGAGCGGCGCGCCUUCUACGGCCGAGGUCAGCGCCUCGGGUACACCACCAACCCCAGCCCGUAUAUUGCCUCGACGCUGCGCGCAGAGCGUUCCGUUAGCGUGACGGUGUACCGUAAUGGCUUUGAGGUGGACCACAACGUCUUUGUGCCGCUCAACAGCGACGAGGGCCGCCAGUUUGUGGAGGCCAUGGACAAGGGGUUCGUGCCCCCGUCUCUCGCCACCAAGUACCCAAACACGGAUUUGACAGUCAACCUACGCGACUGUCUCCAGGUGGACUUCGUCCCACCGGCAUACACCGCCUUCCAGGGUCAAGGCCACCGCCUUGCGGCGCCGGACGGCCCCGCCGCCUCACAGGGGGCACAAUCAGGAGCUCAAGGAUCGGUGGCGGUGGCAAGUCCGUCGACCAUGCCAUCGUAUGAUGCGUCUCGUGUAGUGGAGGUGCGCAGUGAUGAAGCGACGUCAUUUGUGGUGCUUCUGAACACGCGGGGGGAGCGGAGGCAGGUGCAGAUAAACCCGGAGCGACACACCGUGGAGGACCUCUACAACCUUGCCCAUGCCUAUCAGCCGGAACUGGAGCAAUUUGUCCUGGUGGAGCGCGGGAUGCCGCCGCGCCGCUUGGGGACCUCUAUGCGGUUGCAGACAAUUGCACAGGCGAAGCUCAGUCGCGCUGUCGUCGCGCUUCAGCAGUUGUGA